UGAGCGGCCUUUGGAUUGUAUAUGAUAAGAAAGAUAUAAAAUCAUUGUAAAAUUACGCUUUUAGCUUUCAAAUUAACACCAAUAUGGUAGAAAAUUAAAAAAAGACAAUUUGCAGAAAAGUAUGCAUAAAAGAAGGACUACUGUGAUAAUUAUUAAUAAUAGAGUACCCUAUCACAAAGGAGGACCUGUUAUAAAAAUUACUGGGUAUUUAACAAGGAAAACACCUUUAGGCUUUAGGAGUGCGUCCGUAGACAUUGAUGGUGGCUAUCCACUCGACCCAAGGCGGAGGAAGCCUCUUACAGUCCCAAUGUUGCCACCAGAACUGAUUGAGGAAAUUCUCACGCGGCUACCUGUGAAAUCCCUCUUGAAGUUCAGGUGCGUUUCCAAAUCAUGGCUCGCUCUAAUAUCCACACCCGAAUUCAUAAACACCCAUCUCACUAUGUCUCACAGUAACGAGGACUAUGCCCACCAUAGACUCUUGUUCGGAACGAAUCAACCUAACAUCUUUCUUCGCUGCUCCAUUAACUCUUUCUUUUAUGCCCCUUUUAUUUCCCCGUCCAUAUUGGAUUACCCCAUGAGAUAUCAUGAGAGCUGUGUUUGCAUCAUGGGUUCUGUUAAUGGGUUGAUCUGUUUUUGUGCCGGAUGGGAAGAUUUCAUCGUAUGGAAUCCAUCAAUUAGAAAGUUCAAGACUUUUACUGAUUUCAAAUCUCGUUACUGUUCCGUGUAUGGUUUUGGGUAUGAUAAGCUUCGUGAUGAUUAUAAGCUUUUUAUUGUUCGUGAGGAGGCCGAGAUAUACAGCGUGAAUAAUGAAUCUUGGACAACCAUUGCGGAUUUCCCUACCCCUGCGCUGAACAUUAAGGGACAGGGUGUUCUUUUGAAUGGUAAGCUACAUUGGUCUCAAAAUCGUCAUUCUUAUAAUGGAUGGGGUAUCGUUUGGAUCGACCUGACUGAUGAUGGAAUGUGGGGAAAUGUGCAAGUACCUUGCUAUGGAGAAGGAAAUUUUGAUUACACGAGUUGCGUGGGGGUGUUGGGAAGCUAUCUUGCUGUGUUUUGUAUUCAUAACCCAGGCACUCUCACGGACGUGUGGGUUAUGAGAGAAUAUGGCGUUCACGAAUCUUGGGAAAAGAUCUUUACUUUCAAUCUGUUGAACUUACACAAUCGUCCUAGCGGGCCUACUGGCUAUGAGUUUUCAUCACUCCUUUGUAGGUCAGUUACAAGUGAAAUAUUAUUUCUGUUUGGAUCAGCAUUCGUGAUUUUUGAUCCCAGGGACGAUUCCAUCCGACAUAGACAUGUUUUUCAUCAUCACAUUCUUUCGGAUGCAAGCAUCUACAUUGAAAGCCUAGUUUGGCCGUUCCUCUCGGAGGAUUCAUGGACAAAACAAAUCCAGCAGAUUCCUGACUCUUUCAUCUAUGAAUCUUGGUGCCCAUCUCUAGCUAGAAAGUCUUCUUGAUACAUUCUUCUUCUCAUAGGCCGGCCCUCAGAAUUUGUUUCUUCU